AUGCUGAAUUACAUUGAACAAAAGCAUGUUGAAGUUUGUUCCAUAGAUGAAUCCAAUGAGAAGCCAGUAUAUUACCUUCCUCAUCAUGCUGUAAGAAAGAAAACACAAUCUGAAACCAAGUGGAGAAUUGUGUUUGAUGCUUCCUCGCAUGCUCCAGGAAUGAUUUCACUGAACGAUACCUUGGAAGCUGGCCCGAAUCUUCUUCCUGAAUCUAUUGGUUGUCUACUAAGAUUUCGAUUGCAUGAAUUCGCUGUUACAUGUGAUGAUGAAAUAACUGUUUACAGAUUUACUCGUUUACCAUUUGGCCUUACUUGCAGUCCGUUUUUACUCUGUGCUGCGACACGAGAAUUGGCUGCAAAACAUAUCGCAGAAUUUCCAAUUGCUGCACCAAUGAUAGAUAAACAUCUCUAUAUGGAUGACUUUCUUGCUAGUAUGGAAACUGAAUCACGCAUUAUAAUGCUAUAUCACGAGAUCAAGAAUUUAAUGGCUCUAAUAAAAUUGCCUAUGGAAAAAUGGGCUACAAACUCUUUGAAACUCAAAGAUGUACUACAAACACAUGAAGAAUCUCACAAAACGGAAACAACUGUCUUAGGUAUUGGCUGGAAUACAACUUCUGAUACUUUGAAGCAUGCAUUCAAGACUUCCCUCUGUGUUUCUACAGACAAACCACUUACAAAGAGAUGGUUACUCCGCUGCAUUGCUAGUUUUUAUGAUCCCUUAGGCCUUUUUUCACCGUUUACUAUUCUUGGGAAAAUCUUAUUCCAAGAUACAUGGAUUCUUGGAAUCAAGUGGGAUGAAUUACUACCUGCUAAUUUAUCAACUUUAUGGUAUGCAGCUGUGAAAGAACUUGAUGACAUUUGCUCCCUUCAAAUUCCUCGAUGCAUAGGCAUUUCAUCACAUGUUCCUUUUGCUAUUCAUGUGUUUUGUGACGCAUCUGAACGUGCCUAUGGUUCAGUUCUCAACAGAGUAACUGAAAUCAUUUCCUAUACUAAUCCUUCACAAUGGAGACAUUGCCCUGGCAAAGACAAUCCAGCUGACAAACUUUCUCGAGGUGUUUCACCAUCAACACUAAAAAACCUGGAAAUUUGGUGGAACGGCCCUCCAUGGUUAGUCAAAUCUCUAGAAUAUUGGCCUCAUUCUGAUACUAUUUCUAAAGAUUACAGUCAUAACUUCGAGGCAAAGAAAGAAAAAGUUCAGACCCUUCACAUCGUAUCUACUCAACCAAUCAUAAAGGCUGGAAACUACAGUUCUUACGUUCGAUUGUUACGUGUAACAUCUUGGAUUCUUCGCUUUAUUCACAACUGUAGGAAACAAGAAAAGUUAGUGGGUGAGUUACAUGCCACAGAACUGAAUCAAGCUCGUAUUUAUUGGAUACAGACCGUUCAGAAAGAAUCCUUUCCUUCAGAAUAUGAAGCUCUGUUGACAGGAAAAUCACUCCCUCCUAAGAAAUCAAGGAUAAAACAAUUUAACCCUUUCUUCAAGAACAAUAUUAUACUUCUUGGUGGUCGACUACAAUUUUCUGAUUUAUCUCAUGCUGAAAAACAUCCCAUAUUAUUGGAAGGUUCUCAUCAUUUUACAAGCCUACUGAUACGCCAAACACAUUUACGAAUGCAUCAUCUCGGUGUUCGGAUUGUACUUUCUCAGCUUCGUUCAGAAUAUUGGAUAUUAAGAGCAAGACAAGCCAUUAAAAAGGUGAUAAAGACUUGCCUUCCAUCUGAGCGAAUUCAAAAGUCAUCUCCUUUCGAAACUACCGGAAUUGAUUUUGCUGGACCACUCUACGUAAAAAAUAAUAACUCCGUUACAAAAGCUUACAUUGUCAUCUUCACAUGUGCUACAACUCGAGCUAUCCACUUAGAAUUAGUUUCCGAUCUGCGUACUGACGUCUUCCUACUUGCAUUACAACGUUUUGUCUCUAGACGUUCACUUCCUCAUACAGUGUACACUGAUAAUGCCACAACUUCUUCUGCUGCGGACAAAGAGCUGAAAUUAUUGUGGGAUACUAUAUCCUCUGCCAAGGCACAACAGUUUUAUGCCCACCACAACAUCAAAUGGAAAUUCAUCGCCCCCCGAGCGGUUUGGUGGGGAGGAUGGUGGAAAAGAAUGAUAGGCUCAAUUAAGCGAUGCCUUCGGAAAACAUUAGGUAAGGCUCUUUUGGAUGACGCUGGUUUGAUCACUGUAUUAUGUGAUAUUGAAGCCGCUCUUAACAGUAGACCGAUUGUCCACGAAUAUGGAAUAAAAGAUGACUCUGAGGAAGCUUUAACACCCUCGCACUUCCUCAUAGGAAAGAAAUUAACUACUAUUCCUUCCAGCCCCACAAAUCCUGAAACAAAUUUAAAUCGUAUGUGGAAGAAUCGUCAACAUUUGAUGGACUCCUUUUGGAAAAGAUGGCAAAAGGAAUAUUUGAUGGACUUGCGUACAUUUCAUCAAGUGCGGAAUCCAUCUGAAACAAAUAAAAUACGGAAAGGGGACAUUGUCCUACUACAAGAAGAUGUUAGACCUCGCCACACCUGGAAAAAGGCUCGUGUUGAGGAGCUAAUCCUUGGCCGCGACAAAAAGUCCGUACUUGUGUGCGCACCAAUGGCAAACCACAUGGACCCAUACCAUUGUACGCCCUGA